AUGCCCGAAACGUUGUCAACAAUAAAAAUUGAAGCAAAGACGAGAGCUUUCAAUAUUCAAUAUACAACGAUGCAAUUAUGGGUUGAAGUGGUGAUUAUCACAUCUAUGAUCAUUUUACUAACUACAGAGCCACAUGCUGAGGUCCUAGCUGGACAGCCUGCACCCGCAUUGUGCACCUUGUGUUUCUUAAUCUACUACUUUUUCCAAUUUAUGAAUAAUGGUACAUCUUUUUCCAAUAUUUCAGUAUGCUUCGAUUACACCAACUUGCUUUUGCUUCAGGGAUUCUACACUCUUCUCAAAGCCAUCGCUGACUCAAUGGGAUCUUUCUACGAUCUCAUCGCAGUACAGGCGAUGGGCUGCCCUUCCUACCAGACUCUCUUUGGGACGUGUUAA